AUGAGCUCAGGCUCAUCGACAUCGUCUUCCCCUGUAGUCAUGGCCGCACAGGCGUCAUCCUUACCCCCCAACGCACCCCACAUCCCGAAUCGUUAUGCUACGCACGAAGAUGUUAUAGAAGAUCUAUCGAGUCGCUUUAUUCUCAACUUGCCGCCAGAUGAGCUGGAGUCCUUGGAACGGGUAUCCUUUCAAGUGGAGCAAGCUCAUUGGUACUAUGAGGACUUCAUCCGCGAACAGAACCCCUCUCUUCCCUCGCUUCAUCUGAAGAAGUUCUCUCAUAUGCUCUUCCACGAAUGCGAGGCUCUGCAACAAUGGAGUGGCCAACAUGAGGAGGCGUACAAGAAGUUUCUGGCGUACAAGACACAAGUCCCCGUCUGUGGCGCUAUCAUGCUCAACAGCAGCAUGGACAAAUGCGUAUUGGUGAAAGGGUGGAAGCAGAACUCGGCUUGGAGUUAUCCCAAAGGCAAGAUCAACGAAACGGAGCCCACCCUGGACUGUGCAAUACGCGAGGUUCUCGAAGAGACGGGCUACGACAUAACGUCAGAGGUGGAUAAACAUUCUUGUUGCGAGAUCAACGUCCGCGGUCAGCAAGUCGCAUUGUUCGUGGUGCCUGGUGUGCCAGAGGACUUUCCGUUCGAGACAAGAACAAGGAAGGAGAUUGGGGAUAUCAAGUGGUUUAGACUUACAGACCUCCCUGGGUGGAGAAAGAACUCGCCUGCGAAUCCGAAGAAGUUCUACUUGACGCAGCAGUUCAACUCGUGCGUGUAUCCGCUCUUUGUGCCUCUCAUGUGCUGA